AUGACCUCUCACCUGCUAACCUACCUAAUCAAUCCAUUAGCAUACAUCAUCCCCAUCCUACUAGCAGUAGCAUUCCUAACCCUUAUUGAACGAAAAGUACUAGGCUACAUACAACUACGAAAAGGCCCCAACAUCGUUGGACCCUACGGCUUACUACAACCCAUUGCUGACGGUAUCAAGCUAUUCAUUAAAGAACCUGUCCCGCCUACCACAGCCUCCCCACUUCUAUUCUUAGCAACUCCAAUUCUAGCACUAACCUUAGCCCUCACCCUCUGAAUACCCCUACCCAUGCCCUACUCAAUUGCAGACCUCAACCUAGGCAUCCUAUUUAUCCUAGCCCUCUCCAGUCUAGCAGUCUACUCAAUCCUAGGAUCCGGCUGAGCCUCCACUUCAAAAUACGCCCUCAUCGGGGCACUUCGAGCAGUAGCACAAACAAUCUCCUACGAAGUAAGCCUAGGCCUAAUUCUCCUAUGCAUGAUUGUCUUCACCGGCAAUUUUACCCUUCACACCUUUAACACCGCACAAGAAGCAAUCUGACUACUCGCCCCAGGCUGACCCCUCGCAGCAAUAUGGUAUAUUUCCACCCUUGCAGAAACAAACCGAGCCCCAUUUGACCUCACAGAAGGGGAAUCAGAACUAGUCUCUGGCUUCAACGUAGAAUAUGCAGGAGGACCAUUCGCCCUAUUCUUCCUAGCCGAAUACGCCAACAUUCUUCUAAUAAACACCCUCUCCACAAUCCUAUUCCUCGGAGCCUACCACAACCCCAUGUUCCCCGAAAUAACAACCCUCAACCUCAUAAUUAAAGCCUCAAUACUAUCCAUGCUAUUCUUAUGAGUCCGAGCCUCGUAUCCACGAUUCCGAUACGACCAAUUGAUACAUCUAGUAUGAAAAAACUUUCUCCCCAUCACCCUAGCCCUUGUCCUAUGACACAUUUCCCUCCCAAUCGCCUCCGCUGGACUCCCACCACAAAUCUAG